CUGCCACUACACUGGGAUCUUUCCAGCGCGUCCGCAGUGACUCAUUGAGACAUCGUGUCAUCUGUGGCGAUAAUACCGCAUCUCUCGUCUGUCUCGCCUCGCGCGCACACACGCGCACACGGGAGGCAGAGUCGGACCGUGAACGCAACAUCGCACCCGCGCUUUUUCUCCUUUCGGAUAUGACCAGCAGCGACCCAUCGGACGUGGAUAUAAAUGCACGCGUGUCUGGACCUGCCGACGGGACUUAAGACGACAGAGGCUUUCAGCAGGCUGGACCUAAGGCAUCUGUGUCCUACAUCUUUUCCUGUUCUGGAUGUUCAGACGUGAUCUUCAACAACCAACAUUCUCAGGAUGGGAAACUCUGAGGAAAUCAUGUUAAUCUGCCAAGACACUAUCUCACAGUUUUCAGCUUGAGGAAGAGAAACAAGCAAAGUGCGGUGGAACUUUGACCAUGACGGACCAGGCUCAAUACAGCAGGAGCAUGUUAACUCGCAGCGGCCCUUCAUGGAUGUAUCCCAACAUGGCUUUUUUGUUGCUCUGGAUGGUGCUCAUGUCCAUCUGUGUGGUCAGGACCCAAGGUCAGCAGUACCCUGUAGUCACCACCAACUAUGGAAAGUUGCGAGGUGUGAAAGUCACAUUACCCAAUGAGAUCCUGGGACCAGUGGAACAGUAUCUAGGGAUUCCAUAUGCAUUGGCCCCAACAGGGGAACGAAGGUUUCAGCCACCGGAGCCGCCCAUGUCCUGGCCAGGCAUUAGGAAUGCUACUCAGUUUGCUCCAGUUUGCCCUCAGUUUUUGGAAGAUCGCUUCUUACACAACGAUAUGCUUCCUGUGUGGUUCACAGCCAACCUGGAUACAGUGGUAACUUACGUGCAAGAGCAGAGCGAGGACUGCCUACACUUAAACAUCUUUGUCCCUACCGAAAAUGAUAUCCACGACGAGAAUGGCUUAAAGCCGGUCAUGGUUUACAUUCACGGCGGAUCCUUCAUGGAAGGAACCGGCAACAUGAUCGAUGGCAGCAUCCUGUCGAGCUACGGCAACGUCAUCGUCAUCACAAUCAACUACCGUCUCGGGGUUCUGGGGUUUCUGAGCACUGGAGACCAGGCGGCCAAAGGCAACUACGGACUGCUGGAUCAAAUCCAGGCUCUCAGGUGGAUCAAGGAAAACAUCCAGGCCUUCAAAGGAGACCCAAAGCGAGUUACCAUUUUCGGCUCUGGUGCUGGGGCCUCAUGUGUCAGCCUGCUGACCCUCUCGCAUUACUCUGAAGAUAUGUUCCAGAAAGCCAUCAUUGAGAGCGGCACUGCACUCUCCAGCUGGGCAGUCAACUACCAGCCUGCUAAGUACACACGAGCCCUGGCAGAGAAAGUGGGCUGCAACAUGCUGGACACCAUCGACCUGGUUCAGUGCCUGCAGAACAAGAACUUCAAGGAGUUGAUUGAGCAGUACGUGACGCCAGCAAAGUACCACAUUGCCUUUGGCCCUGUGAUUGACGGCGAUGUGAUCCCUGACGACCCCCAGAUCCUCAUGGAGCAAGGCGAGUUCCUCAACUAUGACAUUAUGCUGGGCGUCAAUCAAGGCGAGGGAUUCAAGUUUGUCGACGGCAUAGUGGACAGCGAAGAUGGGGUCUCUGCCAAUGAUUUUGACUUUGCUGUGUCAGACUUUGUGGACCACUUGUAUGGCUACCCUGAGGACAAGGACACUCUGCGUGAGACAAUCAAGUUCAUGUACACUGACUGGGCAGACAAAGAGAAUCCUGAAACACGGCGUAAGACCCUUGUAGCACUUUUCACAGACCACCAGUGGGUGGCACCAGCAGUGGCUACAGCUGACCUCCAUGCCCAAUAUGGCUCCCCCACUUACUUUUAUGCUUUUUACCACCACUGUCAGAGCGACAUGAAGCCCAGCUGGGCUGACUCAGCCCAUGGCGAUGAAGUACCCUAUGUGUUCGGGAUUCCAAUGAUUGGCCCAACAGAGCUCUUCAACUGUAACUUCUCCAAGAAUGACGUGAUGCUAAGUGCUGUUGUCAUGACCUACUGGACUAACUUUGCCAAAACAGGUGACCCCAAUCUGCCAGUCCCACAGGAUACAAAGUUCAUUCACACAAAGCCCAACAGAUUUGAGGAGGUAGCCUGGACAAAGUACAACCCCAAAGACCAGCUCUACCUUCAUAUUGGUCUCAAACCUCGAGUCCGAGACCACUACCGUGCAACCAAGGUUGCUUUUUGGCUGGAACUGGUGCCGCAUCUCCACAACAUAAAUGAAUUUUUCCAGUAUGUAUCAACUACCACUAAAAUACCGCCGCAAGACACAACACCGUACCCUUACACCAAGCGAUUCCCAAACAAAAACAACUGGCCCUCCACUACUCGCCAUCCGGGUUUGCCGUCCUCUAACACCAAGCACACCACAGACCGGCAGAAAAGUGGCGACUUCACCGAGGAAGCCACCGUGGUGAUUGAGACCAAGCGGGACUACUCCACCGAGUUAAGCGUCACCAUUGCUGUGGGAGCCUCCCUCCUGUUCUUGAACAUCUUGGCCUUUGCAGCAUUGUACUACAAAAAAGACAAGCGACGGGCCGACUCAACCCGCCACGUUCUCACCCCGCAGCACAAUUCAACACCUGCCAACGCGCCCCCUGCCGCCAACGACAUGGCCCACCUGCAGAGUGAAGAGUUGAUGUCGCUGCAGAUGAAGCAGAUGGAGCAUGAGCACCACCGCGAGUGUGAGUCGAUUCAGGCGCAUGACGCUAUACGUCUCGCCUGCCCUCCUGACUACACGCUCACACUGCGCCGCUCACCAGACGACGUACCGCUGAUGACACCCAGCACCAUCACCAUGAUCCCAAACUCACUGGCUGGUAUGCAGCCUCUGCACAACUUCAACACUUUUGGAGGCAGUCAGAACAGUACCAACCUUCCCCAUGGCCACUCUACAACGCGGGUAUAGCUCUGCCGGGAUUGGACCGGACCAGAUUCCCACUUGAAGCAAGAACCAGUAAAACAAAGUCAAAUGAAAGAAAUGGACAACGUGAAGCACAGACUCCAAAGUUCAAUGAGAUGUUAUUUUGCUAUGCUGCCUUCUUGACAAAGUAUACAUGGUAUAAAUUGAUGUCUUUUUAACAUAAAAUAAGAAAUGUGAAUGUUACUAUAAUAACUAUGUGGAGCUAAGCUUCAUUAAGUUUUUUUUAGAGUUUUACCAAAAUAAGAACCCAAGUAGUGACUGUUGCGAUGCAUUUUAAUACUAAACAAAACUAUUGCAUUGCAACAAGGACAUAAAAAGGCAACCUCUGUAAUAUUCUAUUCAUUAUUAAAAAUGUAUCCAACUCUUAACUACAGGGGUGUCCAAACUUUUUCCACCAAGUGGCCACAUACUAAUAAUACAAAGGAUGCGAGGCAUCCACCCAUCUUCUUCCGUUCAUCCAAAGUCGGGUCGCGGAGGAAGUAGCCUUUCAUCUCCUCCUCAACCCGGAGAUGAAAAUCCUCCCUUUUCCGGGCGAGAGCCAUGGAAUCGGACUUGGAAGUGCUGAUUUUCAUCGCAGUCGCUUCACACUCAGCUGCAAACCAAUCCAGUGAGAGCUGAAAGUCCUGGUCAGAUGAAGCCAGCAGGACCAAACCAUCCGCAAAAAGCAGAGACCUAAUCCUGCACCCACAAACUGGAAUCCCUCAGUGCCCUGACUGCACCUAGAAAUUAUGUCCAUAAAAGUUGUAAACAGAAUCGGUGACAAAGGGCAGCCCUCACUGGAAAUGGGUCCGACUUAUUGCCGGCAACAAGCUCUGACACUGAUCAAAGAGGGAGCAGACCGCCACAAUCAGGCGGUCCGAUACCCCAUUCUCUCUGAGCACUCUCCACAGGACAUUCCAAGAGACACGGUCAAAUGCCUUCUCCAAGUCCACAAAACACAUGUAGACUGGAUGGGCAAACUCCAUGCAUCCUCAAUGAUCGUGCCAAGAGUAUAGUUGGUCCACAGUUCCACGACCAUGAUGAAAACCAACCGGAACACACCCUUCAGUUACCCUUUUUAAAUAGAGGAACCACCACCCCUGUCUGCCAAUCCAAAGGCACCGCCAUAGAUGUCCAUGCAAUGCUGCAGAGUCGUGUCAACCAUGACAGCUUUAAAGCAUCCAGAGCCUUAAGGAACUCGCUUGGCCUGUCGGUACCUGUCCGCUGCCUCUGGAGACCCAUGAGCCAAAAGGACCCGAUAGGACUUCUUCAGCUUGACUGGUUUACCGCCACUGGAGGCACUGACCACCUUGCGACCGCAGCUCCGAUCGGCUGCCUUGACAAUAGAGGCACGCAACAUGGUCCACUCGGACUCAAUGUCAGUGCCUCCCUUGUAACAUGUUCGAAGUUCCCCCAGAUGUGGGAAUUGAAACUCUCACUGACGGGAGACUCUGCCAGACAUUCUCAGCAGUGGAUAUUUUCCAACUGUUAAAAAUACUAAAAACAAUCAAUAAUGUUAAUUAUAUAUAAUCAAAAAAGCCUGCAUGUCAGCUUUGUGUUAAUAGCAAAUUUUCAACCUCUCCUUUUUUUCCUCUUUUGUGUUUUUCUUACUUUAAGAAUGUGACGCAGGCCAAUAAAAAUUGAGAUGUGGGCAGCAGAUGGCACUGUUUGGACACCCCUGCUUUACUGAGUGACAGAACAUAAAUUUACAAAAACAAAUAACAGAAAAACUGUGGCAAUCAAAGAAGGGCGAAAAAAUCAUGAAAAAAUACUUUAAAGAAUUCUCCUGUUGCUGUUUUAUUUUGCCUGUUUGGUUCUGCGCUUUCUAUUGAGGUGUAAAUAUUGUAUACUGUAUAUAUUUGUCAUUAUUUUCCCCAUGAUUCAGUCCUAUUUUUUUGCAGUAGACCAAAACAAUUCAAGCCUUUGGAUGUUCAAGAGGACAAGCGUAAGCAUUGUUUUAAAGUUUGUAAGAUUAUUCUGAGGUGAAUUUUAAUCCUCAUUCCAGACUUGUUUGAUGGCCCACCAUGUGAUCUGAUCACAUGUUUGCUGGUUUUACUUCCAAAAAUGUUCUUUGUGAUCUUUUUGUAAUUGUCCCUUUGUUUUUCCAUUCCACUCUGCUCUUUACUUACAAUGUGCUCAGAAAUGCAUUAUUACAGACUUUUUUUUAAAGGCAGUACUACUAUUAGUUGUAAAGGAAUAUUUGUUGAUAUACAGUAUUUCAAGUUCCACUCAUAUGCUAGCAAUAUGUAAAAUAAUAUGUUGGCUUGUAAUAUAUUUUGGGUGACAAAGCAAGUGAAUGAAUGUACAUAUUAUUAUUUAUUCCUGUAAAACAAAAGCAAAAUAAAUUGCUAAUUCUGAUUAUGAUACAAAUGGGAUAAAAUAUUUGCUCAAUUAAUUUCUAUUUAAAAAAAACUUGAAAAGAUUUUUGACAACCUUUGGAAAUGGUUAGUUUAACAUAUUUGAUUGCUGUUUUGCCUUAAGUGAUACAAUAGAUAUUUCUGGCUGAACAACUGUAUAAAGUUUUUCUGCAAUGUUUUUUUAAUAAAAUAUCAAAGUAUUUUCUAUA